AUGAUAGGUAAAAUUACGACCAAUAUUAAACAAAUCAAAGAUCACGAUGGUGAAUUAGAGCGAUUCCUAUACAAAGAACUCAAUGAUGAUAUAUUAUCAAAACAAGGUAGAUCUAGACCAAAUGAACAGAUGGAGGUCUUCUUAUUCUCUGCACACACCGAUGAUAACAUAUUGGUAGGUGGUAUGAAAGCAGUGCACAAAGAUUACAAAAACAAAGGAAUCGGAUCACAAUUGAUGAGAGCAGCAGAGUCUCUAGCAAGAGAGAGAUCUUGUCAUCACAUGAUGCUAACAACCAUGACUAUUCAAGCAGAGGAUUUCUAUCUGAAACAAGGUUUUCAAGAGCUGACUAGAAUUAAAAACUAUCCAUUCGAAAAUUGUGAUAAGAUUUAUCUAAUAAAAUAUCUUUAA